GGUCAGCUUUGCUAUCUUUAGGCUACUAAAUAUUAAAGGCACACUACCCGGGACAUUAGGGUAACUUUAAAAAAAGUAGAAAUUUAUAUAAGUAGUAGUAUCAAUCAAAUAUGAUGUGCUAGCACUGCAGAUAGCUACACAACACAAAUUAGUAACCCAUCAUGGUCAUACAUUUUACAACUUAGCUUCUCCCUUAAUUUCCUCACACAUCACUUUCUUUAUUUCUUUCUUUCUUUCUCACUCCCAACCCUACCACUCUACACACUCUCUCAUAUACCUAACACUCACUCACUUCUUUAUAUGUUUUAUCAAACUUCUUCAACUUUGCUAAGAAAAUUAAGUGAUAAAUUUUGAAUUAUCAUCAUUUUAAUUUCAUAUACUAUAUGGAGAUAGAAAUAGAUUCAGUUUCUUCACCUUCCAAAGUUAAAGAAAUCGACGGCCUCCUAGCGGACGUCGGUUACAAAGUUAAGUCAUCUGAGCUGCAUCAAGUAGCUCAGAACAUCGAACGGUUGGAGAACGUAAUCGUGAAUUCAUCGUCAAGCGACAUUUCUCAAUUCGCUUCCGAUACAAUUCACUACGAUCCCUCCGACAUUGGCAAUUGGGUGGACAAUCUCCUCUCGGAGUUCGACCACACCAAUUCUUUACCUUAUGAUUUCUCUCAACUGUCGGAUCUCGCACAAGAUCAACACCACCACCACCACCACCACCACCACCAGAACCACCAAUUAAAGGUUGUUACCACCGUUGAAGAAGACUCAGCGAUAAAGCUUAUUCACAUGCUGAUGACGUGUGCUGAUUCCUUGCAACGUGGCAACAUACAAUUGGCUGGCUCGUUAAUCGAAGGCAUGCAAGGUUUGUUAACAAACAUGAACACCAACUCCGGCAUCGGAAAAGUCGCCGGAUACUUCAUCGACGCUUUAAACCGUCGAAUCUUCGGUCAAAACAAUAUCAUCCAUAUCGAGAACGAUGUUCUUUACCAUCACUACUACGAAGCUUGUCCAUAUCUCAAAUUCGCUCACUUCACAGCAAAUCAAGCUAUACUGGAAGCUUUCAACGGUCACGAUUGUGUCCACGUCAUUGAUUUCAACCUCAUGCAUGGUCUUCAAUGGCCGGCGCUAAUUCAAGCUUUAGCGCUUCGUCCUGGUGGACCUCCGUUUCUCCGCCUCACCGGCAUUGGUCCGCCGUCGCAUGAUGACCGUGACAACCUCCGUGAAAUUGGACUCCGUCUUGCCGAACUAGCUCGCUCCGUUAACGUUAGAUUCGCUUUUCGUGGAGUCGCGGCGUGGCGGCUUGAAGAUGUGAAGCCGUGGAUGCUUCAGGUGAGUUCUAAAGAAGCUGUGGCGGUUAAUUCUAUUAUGCAGCUUCAUCGUCUUCUUGGAUCUGAACCCGACCCGAAUAAUCCAUCCGCUAUUGAAACGGUUUUGGGCUGGAUCCGAAGUUUGAACCCGAAAAUCAUGACGGUUGUGGAACAAGAAGCGAAUCAUAACGAGGAUGGGUUUAUGGACCGGUUCACUGAGGCAUUACAUUAUUACUCGACCGUUUUUGACUCGCUGGAAGCGUGUCCGGUUGAACCGGAUAAAGCAAUGGCUGAGAUUUAUUUACAGAGGGAGAUUUGCAACGUGGUGUGUUGUGAGGGACCGGCUCGAGUGGAGAGACAUGAACCGCUUAUUAAGUGGAGGGAACGGCUUGGGAAAACCGGGUUCAGACCGUUACAUUUGGGUUCGAAUGCUUUUAAACAAGCGAGUAUGUUAUUGACUCUGUUUUCUGCGGAGGGUUACUGUGUUGAAGAGAAUCAAGGGAGCUUGACUUUGGGUUGGCAUAGCCGUCCUCUCAUUGCGGCUUCGGCUUGGCAAGCUGUGCCUGAAACGCUGCGUUUUGAUCAUUGAAGAAGGGAGAACUUGAUUAAUAAUUAAUUAACUAGCAAAUAGUACUACCUAGAAAAUGCAUUGUAUUAGUUGAGUUCACAUAAUAACAUACUGUAUAUUUUUCUUGUU